CUUACAUCAUUAGUUUCAUUGCCCAAAUCCGGAAAAGAGAACAACUUUCUCAUCCGAAGAUAUUUUGAUUCACGAGGGCGGCAUUAACCGUGAGAAAUUUGCUCGGGUUUCUUCAGCGAUCGAUCAUCAAUCUCGAACAGAGGCAGAGGCAGUGUUGUGAAAUCCGAGCAGGAAGACAAGGUUUUCUGGGUUUAUCAAAGACACCAUGUCCGAUUCUUCCGUCCGUAUCGUACCGAGACCCGUCGUCAAGAAGGUCUUAGCGAAGCUUCAGAGGGAAGGCGAUGGCGCAGUCGUCAGAAGAGCCAUUGGCAGGAGCGAGCUCACGUUCUUGGACCCGUUCUUGAUGCUCGAUGAAUUCUCGGUUUCUCCUCCUGCCGGAUUUCCAGAUCAUCCUCACAGAGGCUUCGAGACUGUUACAUAUGUGCUUCAGGGAGGCAUCACCCACCAAGACUUCAAAGGCCAUAAGGGUACAAUCUACGCCGGCGAUGUUCAGUGGAUGACAGCAGGAAGAGGAAUCAUCCAUUCCGAAAUGCCGGAGGAGGAAGUCAACAGAGGCUUGCAGCUUUGGGUCAACCUCUCCUCCAAAGACAAAAUGAUGGAGCCAAACUACCAAGAACUGUCAGGUUCAGACAUACCAAGAGCAGAGAAAGACGGCGUCGAGGUCAAAGUCAUAGCCGGAGAAUCAAUGGGAAUCCAUUCCCAUGUCUACACAAGAACGCCAACAAUGUUCCUCGACUUCGUCCUGAAACCAGGAGCUAACUUCCACCAGAACAUUCCGGAAUCUUGGAACGCCUUCGCCUACGUUCUAGAAGGCGAAGGCUGCGUGUUCGGGCCACCAAACUCGCCGCCUGCACCGCCACAUCAUACCGUGGUGUUUGGACAGGGGGAUGGGAUUAGCGUGUGGAACAAGUCAUCUAGGCCGGCGAGGUUCGUGCUGAUCGCAGGCGAGCCCAUCGGCGAGCCCGUAGUUCAGUACGGACCGUUCGUGAUGAACUCGCAGGCCGAGAUCGACGAGACGAUCGAAGACUACCACUACGCGAGGAAUGGGUUCGAAAUGGCUAACCAUUGGAGUUCACAAUGAGUUAGAACAGAUCAAGACUCUUCUCUCUGUGGACCACAGAGAACAAGAAAGGGAAACGAGUUUCUUUCUUUAGUAUCGUUUUAUGUUGUGUAUUCUCUGUUUUUUUUUUACGAUUUAAUAAAUGAAAUAAUUUGUUGAAGCCUAAUUAAUGCAAGAAGAGAGAUAAUUCAUAUA